AACAACAACAACAACAACAACAACAAAGAUAACAACAACAACAACAACAACAACAACAACAACAACAACAACAACAACAAUAUCAAAUACAACAACAAUAACAAUAACAAAAACAACAACAACAACAACAACAACAACAACAACAACAACAACAACAACAACGACAACAACAACAACAACAACAGCAACAACAACAACAACAACAACAACAACAACAACAACAACAACAACAACAAAAACAACAUCAACAUCAACAACAACAACAACAACAGCAUCAACAACAACAAAUACAAGAACAGCAAUAACAUCAGUAACAACAACAACAACAACAACAACAACAACAACAACAACAACAACAACAACAACAACAACAACAACAACAACAACAACAACAACAACAACAACAACAAUCAAAACAACAACAACAACAACAACAACAACAACAACAACAACAACAACAACAACAACAACAACAACAACAACAGCAAUAACAACAGUAACAACAACAAGAACAACAACAAGAAACACAACAACAAUACCAACAACAACAACAACAACAACAACAACAACAACAACAACAACAACAGCAACAACAACAACAACAACAACAACAGCAACAACAACAACAACGUCAAAUACAAGAACAGCAACCGCAAAAACAACAAAAACAACCGCAACAACGAGAACAAUAACAUCUAA